AGUGAAAUUACAACAAUCGUGCGAGUUCGGUCGGGUGCGGGAGUGUUUCAAUAGUUUUUUGCGAAAAAGUGCAUUUAAUUGGUGAAUUUCACGAUCGAAAUGCAGUGAAGAUUGCUGCCGCCUUAACCGUGAGUAUAUUGUGCAUAAAAUUGAUUCGUUUCCGGUCGGAACUACACGAGAAAAUCGCUGCGUAAGUUUGUCGCUACGAUAUCAUCAGUGAUGUGAAUUUCAAUCGGGGUUUUUUCGUUCCGCAAUAUGGUGGACGAAAACCUGGAUUGAUUGAGGAGAAAUUUUUCAUUCCGCUUACGGGUGGGGAGCAACGCUUGUUUGGCUCACAAAUAAAAUCGAAGAUUUCAUUAUCUACAAUUGAAGUGCUAUGAUCCACGUAUUUACGUGAGUUUUGAUGUGAGAUAGAUUUUCAUUUUGGGAACACCCAUCAUAACCUCUUACAAGCUUGGAAACCCCCUUUUGGAAGUAUCACAAUUUGGGGAUACGCACUAGAAAACAUAAUAGCAGCACUAAAUCAAUCCUGAAAGAUGUCGGUUCACUACAAAUUUAAGAGUGCCCUCGAUUUCGACACCAUCACCUUCGAUGGGUUACACAUUUCGGUGGCAGAUUUGAAGAAAGCCAUCAUCCACCAGAAACGGCUGGGGAAGACGAUGGACUUCGAUUUGCAGAUCACCAAUGCCCAAACCAAGGAAGAAUAUGGCGAAGAUUCAACGCUCAUCCCUAAGAACACAUCUCUAACCAUCGCUCGGAUACCGCUGAAGAAUGCCCCGAAGAAGAAUUGGGAACCGAAGGGUGGAAUACCCAGCAUUGCUUCUGGCGAGGUGGUUUCGUCCUCGUCCCGUAAGGGGGUAAUCCAUGAGUCGGCGGCAUCGGUCGUUCAGGCCAACGUCGAUCUGUCUACUAUGACCGGAACCGAAGAAGAUAAAAUCCAAGAGAUGAUGUUCCAGAGCACAGCCGAGUACGAUCCUACCAACUAUCAAAAGAUUCGUGGUGCCUCUCAAACUGGCGAAGUACCGGCCAGCUACAAGUGUUAUCGCUGUAAUAAACCAGGGCAUUGGAUCAAAAAUUGCCCUCUAGGACCUUUGCCGAAAGAGCUCCUGGAAACGAAACGAGUUUCUGGCAUUCCCCGUUCAUUCAUCGAGCGAGACAAGGACCCGGAAAACAAUCCAGUGGUACAGAUUCCGCAGAUGCCGCCAGAAGAGAAGCAAACCAUCCCGGAGGAUCUGAUAUGUGGGAUUUGCAAGGAUCUGUUCACCGAUGCGGUGAUGAUUCCCUGCUGCGGUAGUUCGUUUUGUGACGAAUGCGUUCGUACCGCGCUGCUCGAGUCGGAAGACAACGAGUGUCCGGAUUGCAAAGAGAAGGGCUCCUCACCCGGGUCCCUGAUCCCCAAUCGAUUCCUGCGCAAUUCGGUCAACGCAUUCCGCAACGAAACCGGAUACAUUAAAACAGCUAAGAAAGCGGCUUCAUCCAACAAGCAACAAAAACCAACGGAGUCGAGUGAAGCAGCUUCUGUGUCUGUGGGAAGCGCUAUAACAACCGUUUCUUCGACAUCGCAAAUCGAUGAGGAGAACGCGUCGGAAGAGCAUCAUCAGCAACAUCAGAAGGCAGCGGAAGAUGAGAAAGAUGAAUCAAACGAUCAAAGUGACAAUCUACACGAGAGUUACGAGGAAGUGUCUCAGCAUGGCGAUAUUGGCUCACCGGGUGCAGAGGAAAAAGUUUUUGAUAAUGAAUCCGAUUAUGAGGAUAACAUAACGGUUACGGUCCCGCCUGCUACAGUGCAGAGACGAGGGGCUCUCUGGGGCCAUUUUAAUGGACAUCCGCUUCCUCCGUAUCACUACCGGCACGAUACUCCCCCGACGGGAAGUGGUGGUCACAGGGAACAUGAUCGACAUCCGUACGGCAGCCGUGAUGGUCACGAUGGUGGUCGAGAAGGCCGCGAUGGUCGAGAAGGGCGCGAAGGAGGACGAGAUGGUCGCGAUGGAGGACGAGAUGGUCGCGAGGGUAGAGAUGGACGAGAAGGAAGAGAUGGCCGUGGUGACGGUCGAGAUGGCCGAGAAGGUCGUGAAGGAGGUAAUAUAAGCGGGGGAGCCCGCGAUCAUGAGCGUUCGCAUGAAGAACCAGGAGAUCGUACUCCGAAAACGGAGGACAAAGAAAACUAUGCUACUGGAGCUCCACCGAAUCGAGAGGCUGCAAAACACGAGUACGAGCAACGUUCCCCCGAGUAUCACCCUAACAGGGAACCUCGUGGCGGCAUGCUCCCUUUGCCUACACAUACUCAUCAUCCACCGCAACAACAGCCAUUGGCACCGAUGCAACCGCAUCCAGGAUAUAUGGGACAGCCACAUCCAGCUCCUGCAGGACACUACCCAGGGCCAAUUCCGCAUGGAGCUCCGCCUCAUCCGUACCCCGGAGGCUACGGAAUGCAACCAGGCUUUCAUCAACAGCGUCCAUACGAACACCAUGGCGGCAUGUAUCAUGGUGAACGGCCUAGAAUGAUGUAUCCGCCUCGAGGUGGAUAUCAACCUCAUCCGCCGCACAUGAGACCACGUCACAUGCCCCCAAUGGGUCCUGGAGGCUAUCCUGGAAUGCCGAAUGUUGGGCAUGGAUUUCCGCCUCGUGUCAUCGAUGAUCCCCUUAAAGAGUUUAACCGAAUCAUGCGUGAAAAAGAACGUCGAAAGGAACAAGAAGCCAAGGCAGCAGCUAAUCGACACAGAUCACCACAUGGAGGAGAUCGCGGUCGCCGCUCUCGCUCCUUCGAUAACUCUGGUAGCAACUCCAGUAGCAACCGACGGGGACGUUCCCCGGAACGAGACAGACGACGUUCACCAAGGGCUCGAUCGCCAGAUCGUCGUCGUUCACCGGAAGAAAAACACACAGAUGAACGGCACGGUGAACGUGACCGUGGAGAAAGGGGCCGGGAACGCGGCGACAGAGACCGGGAUAGGGAACGUGAUCGAGCUGGUGGUGAGGCUAACGCAGGACGGCGUCGCAACCGUUCCAGCUCUUACAGUACUAGUGGCUCAAGAUCAAAGUCACGAUCGCCAGUAACGAAAAGGGGCAAGUCGCCGAAACGACGCGGCUCGCGUAGUCCUUAUAGAGAGCGGCGAGGUAGUCGUUCCCGGUCAAAAUCAUUCGAAGAUCGACGUGUUAACACUUCUCACAGACACGGCAAACACAGCAAAGAUCGACGCGAAGAUCGUCGAGAUGAUCAUCGCGGCGGUGGUGAUUUCAAAGACCGUGAACGAUCUCCCGGAUACGGAGGGCAUUAUUCAAGCGGAUACCGAGGUCGCGGGGGAGGCUAUCGUGGCGGGUCCCGUGGCGGUGGUCGAGGUGGUAACCGGGGAGGUGACCAAUCCGGCUACCAGUCGUCUCACUAUCCGCGCUCCGGUUACGACCGCGGUGCUUCUGGUGUUCCGCCGCAAAUGGCCUCGGCGCCGCAGCUCGAUCAGUACGGACAUCCCAUGGUUGCUGCUGGUGGCCCGAACGACUAUCAUCAACAUCAUCAUGAUCCCACGGCAGUGGGCGCUGCAGCUGUCGGUCAUCACGGAGCGGUUCCGCAGGCUGGACAUUAUGGGCCCCCGUCACAACAGUCACUUCCGCCGAAUGUUGUGCCGGUCCCAAGCAGAUAUCCGCCUAGGGAUGCACCGCAUGGUAAUGCCUACAUGGGUCAUGCUGGAAAACCUGUGGAGUCGUACUAUGAAGGUCAGCCACAACCAAUUGCGGCGAGUAAGUCGGCUCCCGCGACCAGUUCUGAACCUCCGCCACCGGGUUUCGAAGAGCAGGACAGUUGGUCGGGUAAGCAGGACACGGAAUAUCGAGGACCCUCGGGUGUUGUUGUGCCGAUUGCUGCGGCUGAUCCUUCAGAAGAGUACGAUUAUCACAACACUCCGAAGAAUCGAGAUCAAGAGCGGGCCCACACUCCUAUCAUUCAUGAUGAUCGACACCAUCAUUUGGCUAGAUCUCACUCGCGAGAAAAAGAACCACUGAGCGCUGGUAAGAAGAAACCCUCGAAAGAGGAUUCCGAGGAUCAUUACAGAGGGGAACGGCAUGAAAAAGAGAAACCCAAAAGAGGUGAACACCAUGACAAGGACAAGAAACGAAGUGAAGCGGCGAAGGAAAGGCGCUUGUUAGAAAAAGAACGGGAAAAGGAAAAGGAAUCUAAACGCAAACAGCGGGAUUCCAGCGAAGAGGACAAGAAAGAGAAGAAAAAAGAUAAGGAAAAGAAGAAGCGAAAGAAGGAUAAAGAUGGAGAGAAGAAGAAGCACAAGAAGGAUCGAAAGGAAAAGGAUAAGGAAAAAUCCAAAGAGCGCAAAAAGGAAAGAAAAACGGUUGAAAAAGAGGAAGCCGAUAGUUCCCAACAACCAAUAACCCCAAGGCAGGGGGACGAACGGGAAGAAUUUGCGAUUUCGCCUCAUCAUCAACGACAGCCGGAAGUCGACACAACUCAAGAGUUUGGAGGUGUCGAGUUGGAUGACACCCUCGUUUUGGCAGAUCACCGUUCCUUAGACAUUAGCAAAUCCAAUUCCGAGGGAGCAAAUUAUUCUUACCAAGAAGAACCCUCCAGCAGUCAUAAUCAGGAAGAAGGAGAAGAAGAACCGAACCAACAUCAAACGGUUGAUACCAGCCAUGAUGACGCCGGUCAUGAUCUCUAUUCGGACAUUCCGGACAAGUACGAAGAAGAUCAGCUAGAGAAGUCUAUUUUAGAAAAUCUUGGAGAGGAAGAAGCUGACAUGGUCAACAGCAGUGGAGUUGCAGCCGAUGAUCAUCUUUCGGAGGAAAUCAAAAGAUCCGAUUCGAUUCUGGAUCUGCACGCAAACCUCGAUUUCGAGGGUGAACUAGAGGAAGGUGAAACUACUUCGCCACCCAAGAGUGGCAUGUUUAUUGGAAUACCGGAGCUGUCCAAGUGGGAGUUGGAUGAAGAAUCGGCGAUCAUUUCCAGUUCUGAUCGGAAGCAUUUAGUCGACGAGCUUCAUCCGGGUGUGGCCCUUAAGCAGGAGUAUGAUUCUUCUAACAAGGUUACGAACGAAGUGUUGAAACGCGCUGAAAAUGCAAUCUUUACACGGGCUAUCAAUGCUAUUCGUCCGAUUGAGAUCAAGAAGAUCAGCGUCGACCGACAAAAGUUGUACGCAAAUGAACCCAUGGACGACGACAAAGUAUCACUUGACAUCAAAUCCGAGAAAGAAGACUUCAAACGGUUUCAGGUUACUGUGCCGACUAACGCCGAUCACGCGGAACGCUCGGUUGAAAUUAAACCGGAGCCCGGUAACAACGGAAGUGAUGGACUUUGUGCUGAUGCGGUCUCUGAAGUGUCCAAAAGCCGAUCCUCUCCGAUUCGAGCAUCGAUCAAGGAACGUUUGGGCAGCAAAGUUCUGGACAUUCGUGGUAGCAGUAAUUCUACCACAUCGUAUUCACGGUCCCGAACGCCGCCACCAGUGCGAAAAGUCAAAGCUACUAGUUCCGCGUUGGCCUCAUUGGGUGGUUCUAAGAGUGGAGAUUCCAUUGCUAGUAGAAAACGAACCCGAAGCCGAUCAAGAGAGGGUGAACGGGGAGGCAAGAAUGUAAAGAAUGAACGUGACGAUAGCAGGUCUACCAGCAGUCGGAGAGUUGAAAGUGGUCGUCGAGUUGUGGUAGCAGUGAGAGAAUCCUCUACGGAAAAGAGACGAGAUGCUGACCGCAAAGAUCGGGGCAAGGAUAGCCGAUCAGGCCGUGACGGCGGUGCAAGCAGUAGUAUUAGGGAGAGGAGUAGAGAACAGACGGCUCCAAAAAGUAGUGAACGGAGUCGCGAUAAAGGUAGGAAUGAAAGGCCAGUUUCACCUGGCAGAAGAGACAAGGACCGUGAACGUGAUCGGGACAAGGAACGUAGACGAGAUAAUAAAGAAUUUGAUGAACGGACUCGAAAAGAUGAAGGACGCUCAAGGAAGAGUCCCGAGAGGUCUGUUAGCUAUAUUGACCGCAAAAAGGCAGAACUGGAGCCUGAACGUCGCCAUAGAAAUGCAUCUCCGGUAGUCGAAAGAGACAGGCGCCAAGAAUUGUCAUCUACUAGAAGAGAAGAAGGCCGCAAGAGGAUCGUUGAAGACGUCACAGAUAAAGUUAUGGAAGCACUAGUACCGGUGAAGAAAAACAAACAAGAGAAACAUGCCAAAGUUGCAAGUUCUUCUGACUCCAGCUCGUCCGAUUCGGAGUCGUCUUCAUCGGAUUCCAGCAGCGAAUCUGAAGAAGAAACAACUAAAAAACGCAAGAAGCGAAAGCAUAAGAAGGAUCGCAAACGCUCGAAGCGAUCCGCUAGCUCCGAUUCGGAUGAUUCAGGAGCAGCGAAGAAAAAGAAGAAGAGCAAGAAAUCCAAAUCUAGCAAAAAGAAGAAAAAGGAUCGUAAACACCGUAAAGAAUGAAAGCGAAGAAUGCUUGAGUUAUUUAUUCUCGAGAGAUACAGUAUUCCAUCAAUAGAGUGCAAACCGCAUCUCCAACUGAAUUGGCCUGUUUGAAUUUACCAAGAUUUGGUUUGGUCUGAUUUCGAAACUUUUCGAACAAAACCUUAGACGUUUAUGAUCCUUUCGAACGUUCUGAAGUGAAUCCUUAUUUUACAACUGAAUAUUAGUAAGAAACAAUUUAAAAAUAUUGAUAACUUUUGAUUUAUGUGACCACAUAAAACAAAAUUAGGUGAGCUCGGGUGUAUCCAUGAAUUUGAAUUGCUGAACCCUAUACCGUACACAAGUGAGUGUGGUCUUACGCAAAUACACAUUCUAUCCUAUGCUAAUGUAUUUACUUUAAUGUACACACUCUGUACAGGAAAAAUGGCGUUGCGUUUGAAAACAAUGAUGAAUAAAUAAAAAAAAAC